GGAAGCGGAAGCGGCGGCGGCGCGGCCGGGCAGCGGCGCCGGGCAGCCGCCGCGGAGCGCUAAACAUGCAACAUGGCAGCAGCCAUGGAAACUGAACAGCUGGGCCUUGAAAUCUUUGAAACUGCGGGGCCUGAGGAGCAGGUGCAGAGAGAGGAGCAGCCCAAACUGGAACCUUUCUAUGUAGAGAGACACUCCUGGAGCCAGCUUCGGAAACUGCUCACCGAUACGCGGAAGUACCAUGGCUAUAUGAUGGCAAAAGCUCCUCAUGACUUCACAUUUGUGAAGAAAAAUGACCCUGAAGGACCUCAUUCAGAUAGGAUCUACUAUCUGGCAAUGUCUGGGGAGAACAGGGAGAACACGCUCUUCUACUCUGAAAUUCCCAAAACCAUAAACAAAGCUGCCAUCCUGUUGCUUUCCUGGAAGCCUCUUUUGGAUCUUUUUCCGGCUGUCCUGGACUAUGGGAUGUAUUCCCGUGAAGAGGAAUUGCUACGGGAGAGGAAGCGAAUCGGUACCAUUGGGAUUGCCUCUUACGAUUACCACCAAGAAAGCGGGACCUUUCUGUUUCAGGCUGGGAGUGGAAUUUAUCAUGUGAAAGAUGGAGGCCCUCAUGGAUUUACUCAACAGCCCUUAAGACCCAUUCUGGUGGAGACCAGUUGUCCAAAUAUCCGGAUGGAUCCCAAGCUUUGUCCAGCUGAUCCAAAUUGGAUUGCAUUUAUUCAUAGUAAUGACAUCUGGAUAUCUAAUAUAGAAACCAGAGAAGAAAGGAGGCUAACAUUUGUGCACAAUGAAUUGGCUAAUGUUGAGGAGGAUCCAAAAUCUGCUGGUGUGGCUACUUUUGUGCUGCAGGAGGAGUUUGACAGAUACACUGGCUACUGGUGGAGCCCAAAGGCACAGCCAACACUGAAUGGGGGUAAAGUUCUUCGAAUUCUUUAUGAAGAAAAUGAUGAGUCAGAGGUGGAAAUUAUUCAUGUCACAUCACCCAUGUUGGAGACGAGAAGAACAGAUUCCUUUCGGUACCCCAAAACUGGUACAGCAAAUCCAAAGGUCACUUUCAAGAUAUCUGAAGUGACAAUCAACGCAGAGGGAAGAAUUGCAGAUGUUGUGGACAAAGAGCUAGUUCAGCCGUUCGAGAUCCUCUUUGAAGGAGUAGAGUACAUUGCUAGAGCUGGGUGGACGCCAGAAGGAAAAUACAUCUGGUCCAUCUUAUUGGAUCGCUCCCAAACACGACUUCAGAUAGUCUUGAUCCCUCCUGCAUUAUUCAUCCCUAUAGAAGAUGAUGCAAUGGAAAGACAGAAACUUAUCGAUGCGGUACCAGAUUCUGUUACACCUUUCAUUAUUUAUGAAGAAACAACGGACAUCUGGAUAAAUAUCCAUGAUAUAUUCCAUGUUUUCCCUCAAGCCCAUGAAGAUGAAAUAGAGUUCAUUUUUGCCUCUGAGUGUAAAACGGGAUUCCGGCACCUCUACAAAGUCACCUCCGUUUUGAAGGAGAGCAAGUAUAAGCGGUCAUGUGGAGGCCUCCCUGCUCCAAGUGAUUUCAAAUGCCCCAUCAAAGAGGAGAUAGCGAUUACCAGUGGGGAAUGGGAAGUGCUUGGCAGACAUGGGUCCAACAUCUAUGUAGAUGAAGCCAAAAAAAUGGUAUAUUUUCAAGGCACAAAGGACUCACCUUUAGAGCAUCACUUGUACGUCGUUAACUAUGAGAAUCCUGGAGAAGUAAAGCGGCUGACGGAACGGGGCUACUCUCAUGCCUGCUGCGUCAGUCAGGACUGUGACAUGUUCAUCAGCAAGUACAGCAAUCAGAAGAAUCCACACUGUGUGUCGCUUUACCGGCUGACAGGACCUGAAGAUGAUGCAGCUCACAGGACAAAGGAAUUUUGGGCAACCAUUUUAGAUUCAGCAGGUCCCCUUCCUGACUACAUCCCCCCAGAAAUCUUCUCCUUUGAGAGCUCCUCAGGGUUUACGCUCUAUGGGAUGAUGUACAAGCCUCACAAUCUGCAGCCCAGAAAGAAGUACCCCACUGUGCUCUUUAUCUAUGGAGGGCCUCAGGUACAGCUUGUGAACAAUCGGUUUAAAGGAAUCAAAUACUUCCGUUUGAACACCCUGGCAUCUUUAGGCUACGUUGUUGUUGUCAUUGAUAACAGGGGGUCCUGCCACCGAGGGCUUAAGUUUGAAGGAGCCUUUAAAUACAAAAUGGGGCAAAUAGAAAUUGAUGACCAAGUGGAAGGGCUGCAGUAUUUAGCAUCCCAGUAUGACUUCAUUGAUUUGGAUCGAGUUGGCAUUCAUGGCUGGUCCUAUGGAGGCUACCUUUCUCUAAUGGCUUUAAUGCAGAGGUCAGAUAUCUUCAGGGUCGCCAUUGCUGGAGCACCAGUCACGCUGUGGAUUUUCUAUGACACCGGUUACACGGAGCGUUACAUGGGCCACCCGGAUCACAACGAGCAGGGCUAUUACCUAGGAUCGGUGGCCAUGCAAGCUGAGAAGUUUCCUUCUGAACCAAACCGUUUGCUGCUGCUACAUGGGUUCUUGGAUGAGAAUGUUCACUUUGCACACACUAGUAUUUUGCUCAGCUUUUUAGUGAGAGCUGGGAAACCAUACGACUUACAGAUCUACCCUCAGGAGAGACACAGUAUCAGGGUACCCGAGUCGGGAGAGCACUAUGAACUCCAUCUACUGUAUUAUCUGCAAGAGAAUCUGGGCUCUCACAUUGCCACCCUGAAGGCAAUGUAGCUGACCUGUGCCGGACUCUGCCACGCUGGCUGCUUAACCAAACGAGGGAAACAGGAAACUAGAGAAAAUAGGAUGGAACAUUGCAUUUUGGUGCCUGCCACACAAACACACACACACACACGUACACACAUGGAAACACUUUUUUUUAAAGUAAAUUUGGUGCCAUACAGGAAACUAAAGUACAGUAACCUAGUAACUUUAAAACUUAAAAUGUAAAUAAAAUCAAAUGUCUGUGGUAUAAUGCCAUGGGUGUUCUCUUGUGGGGAGCUGAAACUGAAAAUGACACACUUGCACAGCACCUGAUCUUCAGUUUUUAAAAGCAUUGCGACCUAACUGAUGUAUUUUUACGGUGUGUUCCUGGUAUCUUACUACAUAAUAAUACCAGAUGAUUUACUCACUACAUAACAAGAAUUUACCUGAAUGCUAUCAUAUAGCUUUUAUGCUUCUUUAAAGGGACGUGUCUGGCUUCUUAGAAGCUGGUCACAAGUUAGACACGCAGCCUGUCUAGAUCUUAACUGUUUUUUAGAAAGAAACACUUUUAAGCUGCCUCCUAAAGAACUGAAAUUUUGGAUUCAAUUCAGUUGAUGCCAGGUUCUUUUCAAUGAUUUCUUCCCCCUCCAGGAAAAAUCAUACUGCUUUCCUUUUUAAAAAAAUUUUUUUUUAGUAGCUUGAUAUCCUAUCCUGACUGUACUUGAUUUCACCUGGGGAAGUGGAAGUGAAAAGAUAUUUUACAGUGAUGUGAGCAGAACAAUCUUUUAUUCUGAGAAGCAAGCUAAUUAAGUCAGAGUUGAAUCUUUGUAAAUUUUAAAACAAGCUUAAAAGUGUACUCAUUUCCCACAAACACUUUUCCCUAAUGUUCAUUCUGGAGCUGGUUUUGCAAUACUGUUUUCUUACUGUCAUGUCAACAUGAGAUAGGUAUAUGCAUCCUAUUACAGUUUUAAAAUUUAAUAUUCUAAUUGAAAGGUGUGCUGAGGACUUGGUGAAGGGAGACCUUAUCAACACUACACGUGAGGCAAUGUGAACUAUUUCAUUAAAUUUCCUGCUUUGUUCUAGGAACUGUUUUGCCGGCUCAUACUCCACUCUGUCUGUAGACUCCCCUGUUCCUGGGUCAGUUCUGUCACUUUUGUGUAGCAUGAUUAUGAUGCUGUAUUUGAGAAACUCCUUCUGUAUAGCUUAAGGUAACCCUGCUGAGCCUAAAGGACAUGCAACCACUGUUGUCUUUUGCUAGUGAAAUUUUGUCUAAGCAGCAGGCUUGGCUAAAGCAUCAUAAGUGUGUGAAGUCACUUUUAACUUAGAACAAGUCAUUUAAAAUAGAAAUCCAUAGCAAAAAGAUUUUUUAACCCAAGUAAUUCUCCCUUGGGACUUGCCUCUGAGACUCGUAUAAGUUUUAAUGGUUUUCUUAGAAACCUAAGAACUUCCUUUUCUUUCCAUUUUGUAGUUGGAGAGAAGCUUAGCAUGAUUUUCUUUCCAUCUUUUUAAAAUCUGGAAUCACUCUCAGUGUUUACGCUCUUAGUACUCCACAUGCUGUAGCCUUGUAUUUUCCUCGCUUUUGUGUUGUUCAGCUUGACCCUGGAAGUCUGGGGUUUAACGCAGUCCGGUUGUACCGUCACAGACCGCAGCGUUUCUCGGUCGCGCUGCUGGGCCCGCGCACCAACGCGAUUGGAGCUGGUGCCGUUCGGCAGCUGCAGAGCCUGCGCGCGAGGGAGCAGCGUCCCCGCCUGGGCCCGGGCGGAGGGUAACCACAGCGGACGGGCGGGCAGCGCGGCUUGCGCCCGCGGCGGGGUGCGCGGCUUGGGCUGCGUUCGCGUUCGAAGGCCGCCGUGAGUUUUAAGCAGGUCGGUGAUGGCUAAAACACCGUUAGCUGGUUACUGACACGUGUCCGGUUUUGGUGUUUGGAAAGGGCACGGCAGGGAAGGAGCCCGGGCUCCUGUAAAGUCGUCUCUUCGCUGAGCAGUUAGUCGUGACCCAGGCGGGAAUUCAGCAUCCAUGGAGCGUGCUGGAGUUGUUACGGAGGGACGAACAGCCCGCUGCCGCCCUCGAACAGCAGCACGGCAGGGAGUCCAGACAAAUACAAGCUGUUACUGUGGAAUUCCAUUUUGUUCCUUAUUUGUUUAUGCUGUAUUAUAUAUACAUAUAUCUAUAUCUGUUCAUAUAUACAUAUAUGUAUAAAAUUACACAUGGAUAGCAUCACCUUUUCCAAGGUUGUUUAUAUUUUGUUCAAUAUUAAAUUAACUUGCUUUUCGGUGUUCUUGUUCUUUUUCUAAAGGUGAUUACCCUUGAAUGUAAAUGUAUAUGAUUUUUAAAACAAAACUGAUCCUUUGGUUUAAGAAACAACAAAAAUGGCCUUCACCAAACAGUGCUUUUUUGGCAACUGAAGAACUAAAUGUUAUGCUAGUAAUCCAGCCUGGAGUUUGAUUUAGCGCAGGAUGUGAUAUAAGUGCUGACAUAACUUCUUAAUAAUGCAUCCUUUCUUUGUUUUAAAUAUAUAUCAAGAAGCUAUUAAAGUACAAAGUACUGCGAGUACUCUAUUUUGCAACAUAAA